AUGUCUUUCAAUGAUAUUCUUCCUCCGGCUACACGGAGAUACAAAUAUGAGGGGUACGAUCAAUGUCUUGCGAUUAUGGAACAAGAGUCCGAGAGAUUGGAACGUGAGGAAGAUGCGCUCGGAUGCGCAUAUAACCCCUAUUUCAUUAUGGAUAUUGACGAACGCUCCUUCCUUGAGUGUUUUGUAAAUUCGGGAGAAAAUCUAUUGACACUGUCGUGGGAAAUCUACGAUUAUGUCUCUCAAUCUGCUCUACUGAAAAUGGAGUCUUCAACCCACGCCGUCACCAUUGGCGCGUUCAACACCAUCUUCUCUGCCUGGGCUAGAAGAGUGGAUUAUCCCCUUCUUGACCCUACAACUACGGGAAACGUCCGCGGCGAGACCCGAAUCAAGAAAGCCGAUAUCUCUUGGAGCCCACAAAAUAUGCCCUGCCGAUCGGCUAAGUGGCCAACUUUCGUUGGCGAGGUUGCGUGGUCGGAGCGUCGCUCCAAACUUCAAGAAGAUAUGAAGUUCUGGUUGGAUAAUUCAGGUAGUUCCGUCAAUGCCGCUAUCACCAUCAGUCUGUCACGCAGUAAAAUAAUGGUGGAGAGCUGGGAAAGGUCCGACGGCAGCCCUCCAUCACCCAACCAGAAGAUUGAAAUUCUGCGACAACCCCGGCCCGGUCGCCCUAAGGUCAAUGGCCAUCUACAAAUAAAAUUUUCGGAUGUGUUCCUACGAGAGAAGAGGAACGGGGAGAUCGAUUUCAUUCUGACGGAAAGAGAUAUGAACGAGCUUGCACGUCACAUCUGGGGUCAAGACAAUCGCACAACUCGCAAGAAACAGAUCGGCAGGACCUGA